AUGAUUGACGGGGCAAAAGUCCCGAAACGGGAGAGAUUCAACCCAGCAAAGCAUUUGGCGUACCAGCGCCCAGAGAGGAUCGUCAGCAUGAAAGAUAUUGGCCUAGAGGGCGCAGGGAUCUCUGCCACUGCAAUCUCUGAACCCUUCCCUCUUUUCACGCGAGAGGCCAUUGCCCAGAUGCGGGCCGAAAUCUUCAGCAAGGACAGCCUCGAGAAUUGCCAAUACAGCUCAUCCUUCUGCAAGAACAUGAUUCGCGCGAUGGGGCCAGCCAUCGCACCUUUCAUCUACGAUGCGUGGAACUCGCCGGAGGUCCUGAGCGGAAUAUCUGAAGUUGCAGGGAUCGAGAUUGUGCCAGUCUUCGACAUUGACAUUGGCAACGUCAAUAUUUCCUUCGAUGAUCAAACCGGCACGACAACUGGGGACGAGACGGCUGCGGAACAGGUUCCAGCUUUCGCAUGGCACUAUGAUAGCUUUCCAUUUGUCUGCGUGACUAUGCUCUCAGAUUGCGAGGGUAUGAUUGGUGGCGAGACUGCAAUUCGCACACAGAGUGGCGAAGUGAUGAAGCUACGUGGACCUGCCAUGGGCACUGCCAUUGUCCUUCAAGGUCGUUACAUUGAGCACCAGGCCCUCAAGGCAUUCGGUGGAUCUGAGCGCAUCACCAUGGUCACAUCCUUCCGCGCCAGGUCCCCUUUCGUAAAGGACGAAUCGGUGUUGACAGGAGUCCGUGGUAUCAGUAACGUGUCUGAUCUUUACACUCAGUAUACAGAAUAUCGCCUGGAGAUACUGGAGGACCGUAUCCGCGCCAAACGCAAAAGCGAGAACUAUCGAGCGGCGUCAAAGCGAUCUUUCGAUGUUGACGAAAUUCGGGUCUGGCUUGAGACUCAGCGUCAGUUUAUUGAUGCCAUGCUAGUGGAGAUUUAUGAAGUGGAAGACGGAGAAGAGGAGUAA